CAUCCAUCAGCCCUCACAGACACGCACUGCUCAUCUGUCUUUCAGACACACAGUAGCUUUAGUUGUAUCUCUAAGCAUUCAUAGCUGUGAUGUACAUCAGUGUGAAGAGAAUGUGGAGCGUUUGUUUCGUUUAAUCACAGUUAUGAGGUUUUUACAGGCCCACCUGGCUGUUUCCGGUCAGCGCAGCUCCUCGCCCUGCUGGACUUUGCUCUGAGCCGCUCAGGGAGUUUCUCUGUUUUAUCGUUACCGUCGUUCUUUCUCUCCGAAAGCGAUUCGGAUCUUCAGUAUGACGGACACACACUCCGCAAGAGGAAAACUAAACUAACGCAGAAAACAAAACCCAGCACAGCAGAAACGUCAGGACACGUCAGAGCUGAAGAUGUUUGGGAGCAGCAGUGUGCUCGACUUCAGCUCCAGCAGCUACACCGACUCAGUCCAGUCCAGUGGUUAUUCUGGGGAUGAAAACUCAUCUCUGAGCUCCAGGUUAUCCAGGCCCAGUGCUAAAGCCAUCUACAUGAGGAGAAGCCAGUACGCCAAGUCCAUCAACAAACAGCUCAGCAAAUUCCAGUACAGAGUGGAGCAUCUGUUGACGUGUGAGCUGGAGGGGGAGCUGCGGGGGGUGCCGGAGUGUGUGGAGCGCCUGAAGCUGCUGGAGGAGACUGGCCGUGUGUGGGGGCAGGACAUGCUGCUGGAGAUAGUCAAUGGAAAUCUGCUGCUCAUCGACAUUGAGACCAAGGAGGAGCUGGACUCUCUGGCGUUGAGUAGUGUGUUAGAGGUGAAGGCUGUGCAGGACAGCUGCGUCUAUAACUCCUUGCUGAUCAUCUCAGUGCAGGACAGAGCGAGCAGUGUCUUCAUGUUCCAGAGUGACUCUGUGAAGGCUGAUUACAUCAAAAGAGAUCUUGAACGAAUUUUGCAGAACAGGACGAAUGAGGCCCAGGACAGAAACAAUCAGCUAAACAGAGGAAGACCAGGGGCUUUUGUUGUGAGAAACACCAGAAACCCCUCUCCAGAGCGAAGAGAGUGGACUCCCCCAGAACCUCGUCUUGAGGAGUGGAACGCUCCAGACUACGAUGACAGUCCAACUCCAACUCCGACCUUGAUCAGACGCCAGCCACUGACCCCGCCUCCCCCCGCAGAGGUCACACCCAAGCGCACCCACAGCCCCCCUCCUGCUCCCGCCCCCUAUACGGAGAGAGAGAGGAACGUGGACAUACUGAACCACCUGAUCAACGAUAUCGAAGAGUUUGCUGACCAAGUGGUUGCCGUGGUGCCGAGAAAGGACAAGAAGAAGAAAAAGAAGAAAAAGCAGAAAGCUGUGCAGGGUCUCCCUUCAGUUGACCAGUUCAUAGUCUGCCUGCAGAAAAUCAAAAUGGCCUUCAAUCUGCUGGCUGAGCUGAAUGGGAAGAUUAGUGACCCCAGUGCUGCUGACCUGGUCCACUGUCUGUUCUCUAUUCUGGAGCUGAUCGUAGGUGUGUAUGAUGACGACCUCCCCCCCACUGUGGUCGCUCCUCUGCUGGAGCCGGACUGUGUGCGUUUCCUGAGUGAAGAAGCUUCUCCUGAGGAGGAUCAGCUGUGGCAGUCGCUCGGAGACGCCUGGAACAUCCCCAGUACGAAGUGGCCGGAGGAUGAUGAUGAAAUCCCCACCUUCAUUCCGGUGUUUAAUGAUGGCUGGCAGCCCCCCGUCCUCACAAACACCGAGAGAGAACACACACUCACACAGCGGCAGGAGAGCCAGCAGUCCACUGAAGCACAGAGCGCUGAUUCCUGGCAGAUUCCCAAAUCCAGCAGUGAAGAGUCUCCGCUCAGCUCCAUGUGUGUGAUAUGUGACUUCAGAGCGAGGAACGAUCGAGAGCUCAGUGUGAGGAAAGGAGAAGAAGUGGAGCUGCUGGACAUGUCUAAGCGCUGGUGGAAGGUGAGGAAUGACUGCGGUCAGGAAGGCUUCAUCCCAAAUAACGUCCUGAAGUCCACUGAGAGUGAGGACAGACAGGUGGACAGUAACCCAGUCCUGAACAAGAAGUCGAAGCCGGAGGAGGUGAAGGCCUGGCUGGAGCACAAGGGCUUCAACAAAAUUACGGUGCGCUGUCUGGGUGGUCUCAGUGGGCCGAUGUUGUUGGGGAUGACCCGAGACGAGCUGAAGGUCGUGUGUCCAGAGGAAGGAGGACGAGUUUAUUAUCAGUUACAGAACGUUAAAUCAGCGCUGGCUAUGUCCAGAGAGGUCAGUCCGCUGGUCUGAGAUGUGAGGAAACAAACAGA